GAUGAAGAAGUGAACGAGAAUUCAGGCAGUUUCACCCAAGAGAUAGCAUCUUCUUUCUUCGUCUGUUCUGCUUUUUGUUCUGCUCCAAUCGCAUUCUCCUAUAUGUCUGCUGACUGCUGAGUGAUUCCAUGCCUAUUGUCUGUUUCUGCUGCAUUUCUGGAUAUGCCUACCACCUUAUUGUAACUGCAGCUCUCAAAGUAAAUAUAUCCAUCGUUUUAUGCUCAUUCUUACAUUUCGUAUUUUGGUUUCAGAAACACAAUAACAAUAACAAUAGUCUCAAUAUUCCAUUUUAGUUUUGAUUUUAUUUUUAGCUUUUCAAUUUGUCCAUUUGUUCACAACCUGGAUAACCUGUAUUUUAUAAUAAACCCAAUCAACCCACUUUAUUACAACCCAUAUUCACUCCAUAUUUACACCAUAUUUUCUAUCAUCUGGAAAUGGACACCAUCAAUGAAAACGAAACAAACAUCUCUGACACCAUAAAGCUAUCCAACAAAGACUUGAUAAAAAAUGACAGUAACAACCUUACAGAGAGCGACAACGACCUUAAUAACAAAGCAAAUAACAAAAACAAUAUCAAAGAUGACAAUGGUCUUCAAGAUCAAAAUAACAUUGAUAACAAUAAAAAUAAACCCACUAACAAAUUCACACUUAAAAACUCAAAGUCCUUUUUUAAAAGCAAAUUAAAGAACAAUGAGCAAAUCGCUGAUGAUAAUCAAAAAAAUAGUCUACUAAAAAAUCACAGCUCAAGUCCUUCUUUGGACUCUUUUCCAAUUUCAAAUUCUAGAAAAAAUAGUAUCACUUCAAGUAGAAAUAGUAUAAUAUCAAAUAACAACAAUAACAACAAUAGCAAUAAUAGCAAUAAUAACAAUCCCACACCUAAUAAUAACAUGGUAUCGAGAAAAAAUAGCUUUGAUUUUCCAAAUUUAUCUUUAUCAAAAAAAUCAAUGACUUUACCUGAUAUAUCUUUUAAAUUUAAAAACAUAAAUCUAAAUCAACAUAAUAUAAAUCUCAAAGACCAUAACAACCAGAAUACAUCUAUUCUAUUUUCCUAUCCAAAUGUCAAAAUCGUUAGCUUUAAUCCUUCUCUUUCUCCAAAACAAAAAAACAAAAAAAUUAAAUCAAUUAACAACAGCAACAAUAACAACAACAACAACAAAAACGCUAUUAAUACUACAAGCAGUAAUAGUAGCAUUACCAACAACAAUAACAAAUCCUCAAGCACAAUAAAGAAUCUCAAAAAUCUCAAAAGUAAACUUUAUAGUAACAAUAAUAAUUCUGUGUCAUCUCAUAAUCUGCCUCAGCACAAUUCUUCCAACUCCUCCAGCUCUUCUAAUUUUUUAUCAUCUAAUGGAAUUUUCCUGAUAUACAAAUUAAACUCGAAUAAUAAAAUAUAUUUUUCAUGUGAAAAUACUAAUAACCACAAUGAUCAGAAUAAAAACGAAAACGAAAACGAAAAUGAAAAUGAAAAGAUUAAUCAAGAUAUUGAUAUUUCUUUUUUCAUCUACCAUUUAUCCAAAAACUUGAAAGUUUUAAAAUUAAAUGAAAAUUCAUAUAUUCUAAUACUACCCAAUCCCGAAAGAUACUUGAAAUUAAUUUUUAAACAUUACUCAAAUACAAAAAAUACAAUCCAUAAUUCUGAUACCAUUUUCAAUCAUAUCAAUGAUUUAGAUCAAUUACUCAAAAAUCAUUGCUUAUUCAUUGAUUUAUCCAUCUCAAUUUCUACUUUAGAAUCUGAUAUCUCAUCUACCGAUAAAUCAUUUUCAACAUCUUUUGCCUCUGAUCAAUUAUCACAAUACGGACAAUCAAAAGAGUUUAAAGACUUCAAAGACUUUAAAGAUUUCAAGGAUUUCAAAGACUUAAACACUGAUCCUAUAACUAUUAACUCUCACCCUAAAAAAAUACAAGAAAAUCCACUACAAACACAAAAUAAUUCUAUUGACAAUAAUAAAAUCAAAUCUGUUCUUAAUAACAAUGACCGCAUAAUAGAAAAAUCUCCCCAAAAAACAUCUCCCACUUUUGAAGAAAAUAUCAAAAAAAAUAAAAAUGAAGGCUCAUAUUCUUCAUUUGAUGAACCCUCAACAAAAAGCAAUUCAUUAGAUGACUAUUUAAAAGACGAAAGAUCAAUUGACUCCAUCUUCCAAGAUGAAUCAAUAAAAGAAUCCCAAUUUGCUCAAAAUAUUUUUAAAAACCAAAAUUUAGACUCCAAUUAUCAGCAUAGAAAUUGCUUACAGGAUGUAUUUUUGAACAAUUUAUUUUUGCCAAAAAAUUCUCGCAUAAUAAGACCUUCUACUCAAGAAAAUUUAAAUAAUUAUAACAGAAAUCUGGCAACACAAAAAAAUGAUUCUAUUUUACAAAUCGAUUCUAUUGAAAAUAAUUCGCUUAAUGAUACUGAAAAAAAACAUAGCACUAUUUUAUCUAAUCCCAGAAAAUCUCAAAUAAGCCAGUUAUUUGAUCCAAACUAUUCUGGGUUUUUUGAUGCUAUGAUGAUUGGUAAUGAAAAUGAAAGAAAUAAAAAAUUAAACGAAAUUCUUGCAUUAAAUGAGAUCAACAAAACAAAACAACCUUUGACCCAAAUAAAGAUAGAUCAGAUAACUGAUGAUGCAUUUCUUUUUAAAACACCUGAAAACCAAUUAAGCAAAUUGAGAAAACUCUCUGAUUUAGGAAACCAGGAUUUUUUGACCAAUGGUGUUGAACACCAUAAAACUUCAAUAUCAAUGAGUCCAAUAAAGCUUAAUGGCCCUGAUCUCAGUUGUAAUGAUAAAGAUAAGUUUAAAAAUCAUCCUUUGAAUAUUUCUUUUAUAAAAAAAAAACUGUCUUCUUUGAUAAUUCCAGAUUCUAUAGUUAGGAAAAAUGAUAUCAAUACAUUAAACAGUCACUCCACAGAUAAUAAACUAAUGAGCCCAUCGCCAGUCUUUCAAUCUCAUUCAAAUAGCUCGUUGGAUUCAAUUUUAGAUGAAAUCGUGAAUGAGUCAGCAAGUGUUAAUUUAACUUCAGAAAAUGGAAAAGAAUAUAUUAAUCUUUGUGAUACCAAUCCCAAAUUUGCACUUGAUAUAAAUAAAAUUAUUAAUAAAAAUUCAUAUGAAAACUUUCUAACCUACAAAUAUGAGAAAAAUGCGUUUGAUAACAAGAAAGCACCUAAUAAUAAGAAAGACAGUCAUAUAUUUAAUUAUUAUGAAAAAAAUAGAUUUGGUUCAAACAAAAUUUCUCAAACAUAUAGCAUUAAAAGCUUCAUUACUGAACCUAUGUUUGAGUCAAACUGCGAGAAUUUUCCCGAGUUUCUGAAUAAAUAUAAGAGAAGAUAUAAUAUUGAAAGAACUAUUGAAAGCCUAAAGUCUCCAUACAAAAUCGACAAUAAAGAUAGGUUUGUUCAAAAAGCAGAAGAUAAAACGGAUCAAAAGCCCGACCAUAAAUAUGGAAAGACAUUAGGUUCCAUAUAUAGUGAAGAUGAAAAACUCAUUUUUGAUGCUUUUUCUCAGAAGUCAUUAGAAAUGGAUCCUGAUACAAAUUGGAUGGAUCCUUCGGAAAAUAUUUCAAAAGCAACUAUGGAGCCACGAAAAAAAGUUCCUCCUGAGCCAUCUCCUGCAAAAGAGCAGUCAAAAUCCGAAUUCAACGCUAAGCUAAAUAUUUUUAACUGGUCUUAUAAUAAUGAAAAAAACACCACCAUUAACAAAUAUUUAUCAUCUUUGAGACUUCCCGAGGAACUUGCAAAUGGAAAUAAAACAUAUAAUGGUGGUUUUGAAGAUCGAGAUAAAAGUUAUAAUAAAAGAUCAGCAAAUGAAAGAUUAUUACCAAAGAGGAGUAUUGCUUCAUUUAAUAAUUACCAUCAACAUCAUUUAAUUGAAGAUGAUGAUGAUAAGUCCUCAAUUGUAUCUGAGUUACCCAACUUUAUUUACAACAAUUUAAAUCGUCAACGUUUUGCCAGCUUUAAUUCUUAUCGACAUAAUUAUAGAGGAGCAAACUCUAGGUAUCCCACAAACCAAAAAAAUGAACCAACGACAGGUUUCGUUGGAAAAAUAAUUAAUUCAGUGCUUGGAAAGUGAUUUCUUUAUUAUUAUUAUUGUUUUUUUUUGUUUCUAGAUAAUUUUUGUUGCUCGUUUUGUCUUUGUCACUCAUGGUUACAUUUUUCGGUGUUUUCUUAAUUUCAAUUAAUCAUUUACCUUUCCUUAUAAUAUCGUCUAACUAUAAUUUUAUGUAUUUUAUCUUCUUUUGCAGGCAUUAAUUCAACUGAAGUGUGAAACUAUCACAUUAAAAUAACAUUAAUCUCAUCCAAUUCUACCAUGACUGGCGUAUUUAAAAAUUACGAAUGAAACUUCCAGAAAAAUAAAAUUAAACCCAUGAUA